AUGAUCGCGCUGCCACUGCUGCCGCCACAGAAGAUGGCGUCGCCGCCACCUCGACACAGCAGCUCAUCAUCAUUGCCGGGCCCGAGUGUCGACUGUCGCUCUCUGUGCUCCCACGUCGCAGCACUGGCUUCAUCACGAUGCCACCACUUAGUGAACCCCAGUGCUGACUGCUUGUCACGCUUUGAAACGAGCCUUGGGACCCGAGACUCGUCAUCAAUUGUUGCUGAUCCGUCGACGUUGUCCGACAAUAAUCGGUUGAGCUGGGAACCGACGAUGCGCGGAUAUCCCAGUCGCGUGUAUGUCCUCUGUAAAGGUCCUCGUCGCCGCCGACAAUCGGCACCGUUUCGUCACGAACCGCCUCGGCUGAUGCGGGAACGUGACCGGCGGCGGUCGGGCGGAGCAAAAGGACUUGUUGGUCAUCGACAUGGUCCUCGCUGCGACGACCAUCGGCGGCGGUGGCGCCUGCUGCUGCUGCUGCAGCUGGGAAGAAGGCGCCUGACACGCCCGCGUGUUCAAGUGGUACCUCGACAAGUGCAGCGCCAGACUCGGCAAGUCGAAUUCACUCUUGGCCCGACGACGGUUCUUGAAGAAGCUGCACGAGUGCAGGCGCUCGUCUUGCGUGAACGACUGCGCAGUCGAGUGGCAUCGUUGGAAGCGGGACUUUUGGUCGCCCACGUUCGUUUCUCAACUGCGCAGUUGGAUGAGGAACAGUUUUACGCGCGAAUAUCAAAAUUUGAUGCUGUGAAACCAAGCAUUAGCUAA